GAUGGAUUACAUGAAGAUUCGUAUUUUGUAAUAUAUUUUUUUAGUGUUUAGGCAUGAACUAAAUGAUAAUUUAUUGUUACUGGAUAAUACGCUAUUUAUGAGAAGUUGCAGUAUAAUGUUGUUAAGAGGGCGCAGCGGCGGGCGCAGGUAGCGCCAUGGAGGCCGAGCCGCCCGCUGGCCUGGCCGAUGCUGUGCUUCUGGCACCGCUCACAGAGGACUCCUUCCUACACAACCUGCAUGUGCGCUACAAACGUGACAUCAUUUAUACCUAUGUUGGCAAUGCCCUAGUAUCAGUGAACCCGUGUCGUCCACUUCCACUGUAUUCUGCUGAGCUGGUGCGGACAUAUCUCGCACGAGCACCCUACCUACUACCGCCGCAUUUAUAUGCAAUAACUGCCACAGCUUAUAGAUGGGUCCGUGACAGAAAUGAGAACCAAUGUAUUGUUAUUACGGGCGAGAGCGGUGCGGGCAAGACGGAGGCGGCGCGCGUGUGCCUGCAGUGCGCGGUGGUGGCGGGCGGCGGCGCGGGAGGCGGGGCGCUGCCCGCCGCCGGCACGCUGCUUGAGGCGUUCGGCAACGCCGCCACCGCCCGCAACCACAACGCCAGCAGAUUUGGCAAGUUGCUGGAUAUAGAGUUCGACUUCAAGGGUGAGCCGGUUGGCGGUCACAUCACACACUACCUGUUGGAAAAGGAGCGCGUGUGCUCGGUGGCUGAGGGCGAGCGCAACUUCCAUGUGCUGUACCAGCUGCUUGCCGGCGCUGAUGCGCAUUUGCUCAAGCGUCUGAAGCUGCAACGUUCUUGGGAACAGUACCGCGUGCUACGGGGCGGGGCUUGCUGCGGCGCGUGCGAGUGUGCGGGCGCGGCGCAGGCGGCGGGCGCGUCUUCCCCGCGCCGAGCGCCCCCCGCCGCGCCGCCCGGCCCGCGCGCACCGCACGCUGAUAGAGACCACUUCGCUUUUACCAAGGCGGCGAUGGGCGCGCUGGGUUUCAGCGCGGCGCAGUGCGGCGCGGUGCUGCGCGUGCUGGCGUUCCUGCUCAAGCUCGGCAACGUGGAGUUCGAGCCGCAGCACAAUAUCGACGGCUCCAUCGGCACGCGCCUACACCAUGAGUACGAGUUACGUGAGGCGUGCGCGCUGGUGGGCGUGGAUGCGGAGGCGCUGGUGUUGGCCCUGGGCGGCGCGCCGCUCGACCCCGUGCCCCUAGACGAGUCGUGUUCAGUGGAGGAGGAGUGCAGCUCGGAGGGCGGGUCGGAGGUGGCGGGCGGGGCGGGGGGCGCGGAGUGGGCGGGCGCGCUGCGGGACCGCCUGCUGUGCGCGCUCUACUCGCGACUCUUCACGUGGCUCGUCACCGCUGUCAAUGAGGCUAUUAAGCCAGCGUCUGUGGGCGCGCGGCGUUCACUGGGCAUCCUGGACGUAUACGGGCUGGAGACACUCGCGCACAAUGGCCUCGAGCGGUUGCUGAUCAACUACGCGGCCGAGCGCGUGCAGGCCGCCGUCACCGCCGCUACGCUGCGCCGCGAGCAGGAUGAGUACGCGCGUGAGGGCCUGGCCUGGUCCCCGCUGCCCUACGCCGACCACGAGCUCUGCGCGGACCUGCUCGACGCGGGUCCAGAGAGCGUGCUGGGCGCGCUGCGCGAGUGUUCGCUGCGCAGCGGCUCCGACAUGCAGUUCCUGCAGCGGCUGCAGCGCCGUCGACACCCGCGACUGUUGGUGCUGCCGCCAGAUAGAUUCCAGAUCGUGCACUUCGGCGGGCCGGUGGUGUACAGCGCGCGCGGCAUCGUGGCUAAGAACCGCGACUCAGUGUGUCGGCGCUGCGCCGCCGUGCUCGCUGCUGCUCACGAGCCGCUACUCGCCGCACUGUUCGCGCACGGCGCCGCUGGUGUGCCCGCCAGCGGUGGGUCACCGCGGCGGCCGUGCGCGGCGGCGUGUCGACAACGUGCGCUGGUGGGCGCGCUCGUGCGCCGCCUGCCGCCCGCACCUCGCCUCGUGCGCUGUCUGCGCGCGGACGCCGCGCUCCGCCCACACCGCUUCGAUCCCGCGCUGCUGCGGCAUCAGAUACGCACGCAAGGUAUAAUGGACAUGGCGCUGCUACGUCGUGCGGGGUGGUGCGAGUCUCUGUCGGCUCGCAGCGUGCUGGCCCGCUAUGGCGUACUGCGGUCCGCUCCGCCGCCCGCCGCCGCGCCCGCGCCCGCCGCACGCGACGACGUGCGGGAGGCGCGUGCACUGCUGCGUCUGCUACCAAUACCUAGCGCCGAAUUCGCGUACGGAAGGACGAAGGUGUUCAUUCGCAGCCCUAGAACGGUUUGGGAGUUGGAAUCGUUGCGUGCGGCGCGCGUGGAUCGCCUAGUGGCUGCGGCGCAGCGCGCGUGGCGGCGACAUCGUGCGCGACGCCGCGCUGCCGCCGCUACACGCAUUGCGACGGCCUGGCGACGGCACCGGGCAAGAAAAAUAUCUUCGGAAGCUCGUGUAGUGCGUCGUGUUGUUCCGCCGCGACCGCCCGAAGUGGAGCCCUCUGUCAGCUCGGCGAGCGCGGUUGGGGGCGGGAUGACGCGGGCGGCGGCGGCGCGCGUGAUCUGGCGCUGGUGGUGCACGGCGGCGCGGCGGCGCUACCUGCGCGCGCUCUGGGCGCGGCUGCCGGCCCGCCACAUGUCGCCCGCAUGCGCCGCCUGGCCGCCCGCGCCGCACCCGCGCCUCAUCGCGCGCACGGACGCGCUACUCCGCCGGCUCCACCACCGCUGGCGCUGCUGUGUCUACCGCCGCGCGUUUGAUCAGACUGCGCGCAAUCGGAUGCGAGAGAAGGUGACGGCGAGCGUGCUGUUCAAGGAGCGCAAGUUGUCGUACGCUCGCAGUGUGGCGCACCCGUUCGUCGGUGACUACGUACGGCUGCGCGCGUCGUCCGCGUGGCGGCGCGGACCCGGCGCUGCUGCUGCUGACAGAUACGUUGUCUUCGCUGACGUCGUUGGAAAGGUGGCGCGAUCGAGCGGGCGUGUGGCGCGCUGCCUGGGCGUGGUGUCGACGGGCGCGCUGCUGCUGCUGGAGGCGCGCUCGCUGCGGCUGAAGCGCCGCGUGCCCGCGCACGCCGUCUACCGCCUGUCGCUGUCGCCGUACGCCGACGAUCUGCUUGUCGUGCACGUGCGAGCGUGCGGUGCCCUGGAGAGUUCUACUGAAGAGAUGUCGCAGUGUUCCUCUCGUGAUCCCAUGGACGCGCCUGGCUGCUUGUUCGGGGGCGAGGGGGCGUGGCGGCGGCGCGGGGACCUCGUGCUGCGCACGUGUCACGUGCUGGAGUUGGCAACCAAACUGUUCCUCGUCGUGCAGAACGCCGUCGGCGCGCCGCCGCACGUCAACAUCGCCACCGAGUUCGAGGCAAACUUCGGUCAGCAGAUGGUGACGAUUUCGUUCCACGCGCUGGGCGCGGCGGAGGCGGGUGGCGCCCGGCUGCUACGGCGCGGCUCGCGUAUGGACGUUCUACUGUAGCGCACACGCUCGAGACCACGCCCACGUCCAUGUCUACGCCCACACAAACGGGCACAGUGCGGUACUUGUUGCUGGAGGGGCGGGGCGAGGCGAGGAGUAGCCCCGCCCACUACGCUCACGGACCUCGCACGAUACGAACUUCUACGCUGUGUGAACAUGCCAACUGAGAUGUUCAAUUAAGAGUAGAAGCAAUGACACCAAAUGUGACGUAACUGUUCCAAACAAAAUUGAACACCUGUUGUCUUGUUACAAAUAGUAUCAUCAUCAUUUUAUGUAAGUACGUGCUACCAUAAUUCCCGUCUAAUUUUGAUCUGGACGGUCUAAUGUUAUCGUGAUCAUUUCCCCAUACUGUGUCGAGGUGCCAAUACAUUUCGCGUUGUAUAUUGACCUAUGUCCCUAUUAUUUGAGGUCCGUGCCAAAGUGUUGUUAGAUUACCGUCACCGACUAGUUGUUCCCGACUUUCUAUAGUGAGAUUCGUUAGUCGAGUUGUUUCCGUACGAGUAUUCGAUCGCGGCGCGUCCCCGCUCGGGGCGCGUGCGCGCGUGAUGAUGCCAAGUGCCAAAUUUGUAUGUAAGCGGCGGCCUACCGCCCAGCGCGCCCACGCCCGGGACACGACUGCCGUUAGCUGUGCAACACGAGAUUCUAGAGCUUUCUAAGCAUUUCAACGUUGAAUUUUACAAUAAAAUACACUAAAUCUUCGUCCGCAUUGAGCCAAACGAGAAUAUAUUUGUGCUAAUUAUUUUUCAGGCUACAAUUUUUUUCAGUCUGUGUGACUCCUUUUUUUAGCAAACAUAAUUCAGACGUGGCAGUAAGAAGGAAAAACGAUAUAUUCUUUUUCGGCUCGAUGCAUUUUUAGUCGUGUACGUUCUUUGCGUCGCGUCGUGCACGUUCUUUGCGUCGCGUCGUACACGCACGGCCAGUCUCUCCGUAUACUCGCUUCAACGCCUUAAUACGAUAUCUCGUUAAAUGUAAUUAUUUCUCGUUACUUCCUCGUGGGCGAGCGUUUCGCUUAGUGUGCACGUGACCGCUGCGUGGUUUGUGUCGAAUGUAUGUGUCUAGCCCUAGUGUUUUGCGUAGGUGAGGAGAUUGUGUGCGAGCUGAAGCGCCGUUGUUACGACACUGUGACGUCAUCGUUCCGGCGAUGACGUAAGAUAAUCACUGCCAUGCAGUCGCAAAUAGUUCCGCGUUUCACAUAACUGCAAUUAGUUUAAGAAUUGACGACGGUUAACAGGCCAAAUUGUUGAAUAUUUGCCCACUGGUAGGCGUCAUAUGUUUUGAAAUUAGGCCGGCCUCGAAAUUCUUUAACAUAGAUGAGAUUUUGAUUAAAAUAUGAGGUCGAAAAGAUGCAUUUAUUACGUAAAUAUUUUCAGUCGUAUUAAAUAUGUUUUACGUAAAUUAAUUCGUUGAACGGUUUGCGCAAAAUCUAAACUGCCAAGUUAGUAUCGCGAUCCGCCGGCGCGGACGCGGUCGGAGGGGGCGCCGGGUUCUAUCGAUAAUUUUAAAUUUUAAACAAGUAGGGAAUUCGUUAUAUUAGUGCAAUAUCGAGUCGCUAGUCGCACCGCCGCGUAGCCGUAGUGUAGUGACUUAUAUCGUUGACGAAAACGGUGCGCAAAAUAUUAUAUUUAGGUAGACGAAUAUUAGACGUAAGGAGACUUGUUUUUUAUGGUAGCCAUUUUACAAUUCCUGUUGAGAGAUAAUAAAUACUAAAAUAAUUAAGUUACGAUGAAUUGAGUUGAGAAUAUUAUAUUUAUACAGUUCUGUCGGAGGCCAUCGCGACGACCGCGCGAGGUGUCGCGGACAGACGGACCAGUUCAAUUAUAUAUUACGAAUCUGUUGUGUGUUAUAAAAUUUGUCGCACAUAAAAAUAUUAAGAUAAGUGUACGACGUAUGCGGAUAUAUGAAUUUGGAGCGGCUCCUACGAUUCCUUGUCUUACUAAAAUAUAAUUACAAAUAUCAAGUAAAUUCUAGUUUUUGCUGGUGUAAUGCAAUGAAGAAAAUAUAAUGUGGGAAAAAAAAAAGUAAAAGUCAAACUCAAAAUAUAUA